GUUAAGGAAACAUACACGUCAGAAACGUAGAGCGCCAACCAUUGCAGAUAAGCAAAAGCGCCUCGAAAACCCAAGAGGCACGUGUCAUCAACACAUUUCUUCUCCUGAAUUUCUCUGAUAUUUCGAGUCUUGACCUCAGACUCAUCUCUGAAGUGUCGGUGGCAAAGCAACGAAGAAACCAUUGACAGACCGAAUUUUGUUUCACUGCCUAACCGUAAAUAGGACUAGGAGCCUGCCUUUUGAGUGAAAGAGAGAGAAAGAGAGGAUGACAACGGCUUCUUUGUGUUCGUCAACUCAGAUCAAUGGCUUUGGAGGAGGUCUUAGACUCCAAAAGACCCACCUCUAUCAACCCAGUCCAUUCACUCUUACAAGGAGAAAAAUUCAUACUGUAGUGAAGGCAACAGCUCGGGUUGAUAAGUUCUUAAAAAGUGAUAUCAUUGUUUCCCCGUCCAUCCUCUCUGCUAACUUUUCAAAGCUUGGAGAGCAGGUGAAAGCAGUAGAGUUGGGAGGUUGUGAUUGGAUCCAUGUUGAUGUAAUGGAUGGUCGUUUUGUUCCAAACAUCACCAUUGGACCUCUUGUGGUUGAUGCUUUACGGCCAGUGACAGAUCUUCCUUUGGAUGUUCAUCUGAUGAUUGUGGAACCUGAACAAAGAGUGCCAGAUUUUAUCAAGGCUGGAGCUGAUAUAGUCAGUGUUCACUGUGAGCAAUCCUCCACCAUCCAUUUGCAUCGCACAGUAAAUCAGAUAAAAAGUCUUGGAGCUAAAGCUGGAGUUGUCUUGAACCCUGCUACCCCACUGACUGCUAUAGACUAUGUACUUGAUGGCAAGUUUCUAUUUCGGCUUUCUCCUAAAUUUACUUUUAUCCUUUUUCAUUUCUUUCUGUUACCUUUGAUAAUUUUCUACAUGAUGACUGAUGAUUGUCAAGGCUCCUCGGGCUGCUUGCUGAACUGGAGUGGUUGAUCUAGUCUUGAUUAUGUCUGUGAACCCUGGUUUUGGUGGGCAAAGCUUUAUUGAGAGUCAAGUAAAGAAAAUCUCCGAUUUGAGAAGAAUAUGUGCAGAGAAGGGAGUAAAUCCAUGGAUUGAAGUAGAUGGUGGAGUUGGUCCCAAGAAUGCAUAUAAGGUUAUUGAGGCUGGGGCUAAUGCUAUAGUUGCAGGUUCUGCUGUAUUUGGAGCGAAAGAUUAUGCUGAAGCUAUAAAAGGAAUCAAAACCAGCAAAAGGCCAGUAGCAGUACCAGCGUGAUUUAUCACCAGAGGAUCUCAUUUGAUUAAAAGUGUGACCUGUAUUCUUCAUUCUUAUGUUAUUCAAAUGGUAGAUAAGCAGCUUAUCGCUACCUUCAUGAUCACUUGUUUGGUUGAUUUCUCUGGGGUUACAGAUGAACUAAGGAAUUAAUUUCUGUGGAAAGAGUACCCGCUGGGUAUGUGAUGUGUGCUACCACAUAUGCUUUAUAGGGAUUCAAUAAUUCGAGCUCACUUGAAGCUCUUUGUAACGAUCAAUAGUUCCAUUAGUAUAUUCAAUCAGAAUCUUUCUAA